UCGUCUGCAUCCCAGCGUGAAGAAUCUCUGCAGAAAAGGAGUCAGCGUCACAACAUCACAACAAGUGACUGCCGCGCCACAGUUUAGGCGCCCCUGUACACUAUGAGACCCCUCUUCUUUCUCAUCGGCCUCUUGACCAUACUCUCUCCCGUUCUAGCGUCGAUAAGGAGCAAAUGGCUUGAGAUACUCGUGCCCUUUACCAUCUCAAGCAAACAAUUCGAGGUCUUUGGCACCGUUACGAUCGGGAAGAAUGCCUUUGAAAAUGGCAGACCCACGAUCGGAGCCUUCAUCCAGAGCAUCGCCAAGAUUCCCUCGAGGAUCAGCUCUGAGGCCGUGGAUAAGCUUUUUGCCGACCCAUACUACCCCAAGAUUUCGGAGCUCGCCUAUUACGCCCAGAACGACCCUCUGGGCAAGGACGGCAAACCGCUUUUCGACGGGAAGUACGACUCAGAAAAGAUGGUUGGCAUAAAGGGCUUGGGUCAUGGCAAAGUACACGACGAGUAUGCGAAGGCGUCCGCCGCCGCAGGGGCCAAGGCAAAAGAGUACAUGAACAAUCCCGCGUUCAAGGCCAUGUGGGAUGUGCUUGAUCGUCAAGAGGAAAAUGGUUGGCAAGGAGGGAUGUGGGCCCGGGAUCAAGACGUUGAGGAUGGAAGGAUCAGGAAGGUGUCUGACCUUGGGAGCUUCAAGCCGGGUGGCAAGUUCGGCGGUCUCAAUGUCGCCAUCAAAUCAUUACCGACUUUCCCGGGCACAGCUCAUGUGAUGGGGAUAGAUUAUGCCAGAACCUUCCUCGAAAUGAGCAAAAGGGGCGGGACUCGAGCGGACAUGAAAGAGGUUCAGCGCACUGCCCGUCAGCAUACAGUCGUGGAGACCAAAAAGAACGACGGCAGGGGGCACGACAGGCUUCGCAGGGAUAUUCAGAAGGCCCACUCUUCGCGAGGAAGUCCAGCAGAUGGCUGUUAGAAGAAAGGCGGUACUCUACGCAGUCAAUUGAAGAUGC